UUGACUCCCUGCUCCCUGUUAGCACAGCUCGGCCAAAACAACAGCCCGUCGCCCGACGCUUUCUAUUUCCUGUUAGCAUUUACAGCAUAGUCACCGACUAACUAAACGCGUAAAAUGUUAAACUAACGAAAACUUUUAUCUUUCGUUGAUGUUAUCUGUGUUUUGGCGUUAGCGUGCACUGAAGGCAAAGCUAAUCGGAGCUGCUGUCGCGCCGUUAGCCGCCAAGUUGAUAGCUAACCGUAGCUAACAUCGGCGAUCCAGCAGGGAAAGAUGGGGUCCAUCCUGAGUCGCAGAAUCGCUGGUGUUGAGGAUAUCGAUAUCCAGGCCAACUCGGCCUAUCGAUUUCCACCUAAAUCUGGGAAUUAUUUUGCGAGCCACUUCUUCAUGGGGGGAGAGAAAUUCGACACACCACAUCCAGAGGGAUACCUUUUUGGAGAAAACAUGGACCUGAAUUUCCUUGGAAAUAGGCCAGUGCAGUUUCCAUAUGUGACACCUGCACCCCACGAGCCUGUGAAAACCCUGAGGAGUCUGGUCAACAUUAGAAAGGACUCCUUGCGUUUGGUCAGGUAUAAAGAUGACUCUGACACACCGGUGGAGGAUGGUGAAAAACCAAAGGUCCAGUAUGGAGUGGAGUUCACCUUUGAUGCUGAUGCUCGGGUGGCCAUCACCCUUUACUGCCAGGCGUUUGAGGAGUUCUCCAAUGGGAUGGCAGUGUACAGUCCAAAGGAUCCAUCAAUGGUCUCUGAAACUGUGCAUUACAAGCGAGGGGUGAGCCAACAGUUCUCCAUGCCAUCUUUCAAAAUAGAUUUCAGCGAGUGGAAAGAGGAAGAUCUGAACUUUGACCUUGACCGAGGAGUGUUUCCCAUGGUUAUCCAGGCUGUGGUUGAUGAAGGAGAUGAUUGCCUUGGACAUGCUCAUGUACUUUUGGCAGCAUUUGAAAGACACGUUGAUGGCAGUUUCUCGGUCAAACCUCUGAAGCAGAAACAAAUUGUGGACCGUGUGAGCUACCUCUUACAGGAGAUCUAUGGGAUUGAAAACAAAAACAACCAAGAAACCAAGCCCUCCGAUGAUGAGAACAGUGACAACAGCAACGAAUGUGUUGUGUGUCUGUCAGACCUGCGAGACACACUAAUCCUGCCCUGCAGACAUCUGUGUCUGUGCAACUCCUGUGCGGACACUCUUCGUUACCAGGCCAACAACUGUCCCAUCUGCAGGCUGCCCUUUAGAGCCCUCCUGCAGAUCAGAGCUGUGAGGAAAAAGCCUGGAGCUCUUUCUCCUGUGUCCUUCAGCCCUGUUCUGGCUCAGACUAUGGACCAUGACGAGCACUCAGGCACAGACUCGGUUCCUCCCGGCUUCGAGCCCAUCUCGCUGUUAGAGGCUCUGAAUGGUCUGCGGUCUGUGUCUCCUGCCAUCCCAUCUGCCCCCCUGUAUGAUGAAAUCAACUUCUCGGGGGGUCUGGGUGGAGACAGCAGACAACUGAGCUCCCCGGAGCAUUUGAGUGAUGGGAGUCUGCAGAAAAGCAAAGUCAGCAAGUCACCUGACAGCACCCUUAGGUCUCCAUCCUCUCCCAUCCAGGAGGAGGAUGAGGAGAAGCUGUCCGAGAUGUCUGAUGCUCAGCCACACACGCUGCUCUCCAGCAGCCCCGCCCCCACAGACGCCACAGCGACCGAGGAUGUGGCAGAGUCCCUGUCUCCAGAUGAUGAGGACAGGAUGCAUUCUGGAGGAGACAUCCUGCAGGACUGCAGCAGCGAACACAGCAGCUUGACCAAAACAGAGAGCGACCCACCGGGCGACUUGUCUCUGCCGGCUCUAGGUCCUGAUUCCUGCUCUAUUGGUAUGGAGGAGUAACUGUGGUUCAUCCGAGUCAACGGAAAGCCUGAAAAGUCAGAGCACAAACUGUUCCAGCCAGCCUCUCCUGUGUCCCACGAGCAGCCUUCACAUGGAAGAUGAGCAUCUCAACCCCUGACUCAGAUUCAGCCUUUUCCUUCCCUUCCAUCAGAACUGAUUUAUGCUUUACAACGAUCAUCCAAGUCCCUCUGUUCUUUUUGCCCCCCCCCCCAGCCCAGUCUUCUGCUUCUGUGAUCAGAGUCGACAAAAGGCCCUGACAGGAAGUUCACCAGGAUGAGGGAGGACUCUGUUUAUCCCAUUAAUGCCUCUGACAUUAGAAAAGAAAUUUGACCCAUGCAAAGAUGCUGUUGGUACCUUACUCUAUGACUGAUGUUUAAAAAAAAAAAGAAAAAAAGAAAAGGUAUUGAUUUCUGAAAACAUUUCAUUAACUGUCAGAUGAUGUUCCGUUGUUUGUCUUGGCCAAAGUUGUGGACUAGUAAUGUGGACUCCGGAGAUAUUUCACUACCUGUCAUGGUGGUGCUUUUAAGCACACUUUAAAUUAACUCUGUAUGGAUUUCUUGACACUAAAUUCAAAAGAAAACAUAAAUACAGUUUGUGUUUAGAUAUUGUAUUCAUUAGUGAAAUUCAUUAAUGACUUGAUAACUUGUUUUUCCAGUCAGGUUGAGCAUUUUCAUUUAUGAGCAGAGAUUUGAAAACAUAUUACUUAUGUGUUUGUGUGUCCAUUUGAAGUGAUUUUUGCACUGGUUUAUAAUCCAUUCCUUAUAACAAGAGUUUAUGAAGACAUCAGUUUAAGUUGUCUGCAGUCUUAAACAUCUACAUGUCCGUUAUUUUUUUUUAUUAUUAUUUCAAAUGAUGUGAUAUCUAUGUAUUAUAACUGUACUAGAAUCCUGUGUAGUAACUUCCAAAAUUGUAUACUUGCACAUUAUAGAAAAAAAACCCUGAUAUUGAAGUAAUGGGACUAGAAUCAGUUAACAUGCACAUAUUUAAGACUUUGAUAAUCAGUAAGAGCUACAGAUUCACAUCCUAACAGCUGAACUCAAAGACGGUUAAAGCCUGCAACAAGCCUAGAUGCUCCAGCUACAUGUAUGCUGACUGACUCAGUAUGGCACAGUAAGUGGUGCUUGUCAUAGAUGUGGCUCAUCUCUGUACAGUCUUUAUUUUUGUGGCAGUGCCGGUGUCUGCUUAUGUAAUGUAGCUGCAAAAAAAACAACAAAAAAAAAAACGGAGGUCGGGGUGUUUAUGUGGCUGCAACGUCUUUUACGUACCUUGGUCCUGUAUGUGUAGCGCCAUGCAUAUAGAUCUAUGUGCCUUGAAUUGAUAUGGCUGCCUGCUUGUUGCAUUGGACAUUAGUGUUCUUCGAAAUGCUACAGCACACAACGGUCUUCAGCCCGCGGACAGGAUUUUUGAUGCUGAUGUACAGAGUCUUUUUUUUUUUCUAUCGCAAACUUCAUGCCACUGGAAAAAUAUAUCUUGUUAUUGAGCAAUAUUAAAUCAAGCUGUUCAUUUACUAUGUUAUGACCAUUUAUCAAUUAUGCAUAUAAUCUUAGUAUUUAGGUUCAAGUGGAUUCUCUUAAUGUACGUUUGGCUAGAAAGGAAAACAUCCAAUGCGAUAGAUUCAAACAUUGCAUUUUAAUAAUUGGGCUAGCAUUUGCAUGUGAAUUCGUAGACGCUUAAACCUCUCACGGCUUUUAAGUAUGGUGGUUAUUUUUGUCUUUCCCCCCUCCUCUUCUGUGCCAUUUCAACUUGACACUGUGCCUUCCUGUUCUUGUUCUGACCACUAUUGACCUGGUAUCCAGGAUAACGCCACAGUAGGUGGUCCAUGGCUCUCUGUAAAAUCAAUACCUGUCUUUCCUCGUGUGUAUAGCAGCAUGUGUAUAACAAUAAAGAACAAAGACUCAGUACUUCAACUACCA